CGUACAAAGCAAGUGGAAGCACAGAUGGAAUCUUACUCCUUGUACUCUUUUUAGGUCCAUGCUUCGAUGCAGUCCGGGAAGUGGUGGAAUCGGCGCAACAUGCCAGCUCCCAUGAGCGAGGUAAAUACAUGGCACUCUUUUCUUCCAAAGUAAAUACAGUAAUAAAAUGAAACUAUAUGGUAGCCGUCAUGUCUAUGACAACUUGUCAACAACACCUAUCUGCGAUGGAUAUCGACGAAGAAGUAGUGGAAGUUGUCGAAUCAGUCAACUUUGAAGACCUCUGUGAAGCUUUGCUCUAUUUACAGGGCGAAAAUCUAUUCCGUGCUGCUUUCCUGGAUUCUUACCCAGGUGGUCGCGGUUUCUCCUCCAUCGGCAGUCCGGCGUCGGAACGGUCAAGUGAGUUUCAAUAUCAUUCUGCUCACUUGGUUGGGGAUCAUAUCCCUUCCGUUGGUCCGUUGGCUCUAUUUACGCUGGCCAACUUUUCCUUCACGUUACAGAAGCCCAAUCACUUUGGCGUUUCCUUUGCUAGUCUAAAGGAAUCCGUAGAGCUGUGCAAAUUUCCCAACUUUCGCUUGGCUGAAUUUGGCUUCAAGGCGUUGGAAGGCCAGCAAUUAUUUCCCUUUGCUCGGUGAUUCUUCCACCGUGCUGCCUUUACAAGUGGAUACCUUCGUCGACUGCGUUCUUUUGCCCGCGAUUGAAUUGGCAUCUCCUUUUG